CUCAAAAAUGACGGAAGAAGGAAUAUAGCCCUAAUGGGAAAAUCUACUUUCUCUAUCUGUAACUUGAGUAUUUUGUAAUACUUUGAUUCUGAAAAGCAGUGUAGCGGUGGAUAACCAUGGGCGUGGCUUCAUCCAGUAAACCCAGUGACUCACAUAAGUGGGAUCAGAUUCUUAACAAUUUUCCUGAUGACAUUUUGUUUGAGAUUCUGUUAAGGGUGCCCACCAGAGACCUUGUGAAGUCUUGUGUCUAUGUGUGCAAACAGUGGCAUGACACUAUUGCAUCCAGGUCAUUUUGGAAGGAAAAAUGUAUUCAAGACAGGAUUUUUUCACAGCACUGCUGGGAUCAUUUAGGCAACCGUGAUGAAAAUUAUAAGAGACUUUACAUUAAACAUCCAUAUGAAAGAAAUUUAAUAAAGAAUCCAGAUGCUUCGAAAGAAUUUUCGGAAUGGCAAGUAGUCUAUAAUGGUGGGAAUGGCUGGAGGAUGGAGACCGAGCCAAUUGGAUCCGACCCUGUCUCUCGGUUCAAUGAUGAAUGCAAAGGUACGGUUGGAUGCUGGGUAUCCUCAUAUGGCAAAUGUGCCAAGUACCAGGUGGUAGACCUAAUGGCCGCAGGCUGCAGUGAAUAUGUGUUGGACCACAUCCGGCCAGCAAUACAUGUGUCUGAGUGGUAUGCUGCUCGGUUUGACUGUGGGGCUGUGUACAAGAUGAAGGUAGUGCUCAUGUCAGAGAAGACAGAGGAGUUUUGGUCAGCUUCACCAAAAGAUACCAACUGCAGAUACUCUUUUAAAGAAACUUUACCGCCUGGCAGAGCUUGGUUUCAGGCCAAGCAGACGUUCACUGACUAUCCUACGGGCAUACGAUAUGUAGGUUUUUACCAUGAGGGCAAGGACACGCAAUUCUGGGCAGGUCAUUUUGGGGCCAAAAUGACCCUUGCAUCUGUGAUAUUGGACUUUUCACAUGUCACUGGUCUGGCAGAUUCAUGUGAUGGUGGUUCAAAACAAUCUUGAGAUUGAGGAUAUAUGAAGACUUGAAGAAAGAAAGUGUGUUCUAGUUAGCUCUACCUCAUCCGCAUCAUGUAAUAGGUAAACCUGUAACCCUUACCUUACAGCUCUGCUUGACAAAGAUGACAAUACAUGUUCUGUUUGAAGAAAUUUUAUUUAGGAAAAUCAAAGCAUAUACUAGUUCUUAGUAAGAAAACAUCAAAAGUACAUUCUAUGUUAGUAUUAAUAAUUGAAUGGAUUACCAGUCAAUAGUCGAAACUAUUAAGGCCAAUUUUAAAACUGUGAUUUUCAAUGAAAGAAGU